AUGACUUUGUUUUUCGAUACAAAAGUUCAGUUUUUAGAUUCAGAAACAAUAAGUACAAUUGUGGUAUUUCAUCCAAACGAACCAAUUUUCGCUGUUGCCGGGUUUGGUGAGAAUCGCGGCGGAUCAGUGACAAUUUUUGAUGACUCUGGUGAACCUUUACGCGACAUAACUUUUCCCAACCAUCCAGUAAGUCAAUCAACUUCACUCGCCUUUCAUCCUCAAAAACAACUUUUAAUAUCUGGCUGGGAAAAUGGAGAAAUUUUUGCAUGGAUCAGCGGUAAAAGAGAAUUUGUUCCCAUUCAAGGUUCAAGUUCUCACAAAUCACCAAUAAUGUUGAUUGAGUUUAGUGAGAAAGGUGGACGUUUAGUGACUGCUGAUUCAGUAAGUGACAAAUUUAAAAAUGGAACAUUAACUGGCUGGAGAUGUGAUCAACAAGGACAAUUUCUAACAAUGUUUAGUCAUGACUUGCGUGAUCCUUUGCUUCAUAUAACAUUUCGUAAAACUGUUGAAAGUUCAAGUAGCACAGAACUGAUGAACUUGGCAAAGUUAGCAGUUGCAGGAGAUGAAGUUGCACUUGACACAUUAACAAAUUGGCGUCCGAAGACAGCAGCUCGCAAUUUAUCUCACACGACAGUUAAGGACAAUCAUUGCUUUUAUGUUGGCUCACAAUCGGGUGCUUUGUUUUACAUCAAUCAAUCAGGAACAUGCACUGAAGUCUUACAAAACGACUCACCAAUAAUUCAAAUACUUUUCCAUCCAAAACGUGAAGCAAUUGUGACUUUGAUGGAAGACAUGACUGUUGGUCAUUUCCUUGUAGAGUCUUCAGGUAGUCUUACUGAACUCGAUCGUGUGAAACUAUCAAGCAGAAUGUCUGGAUAUGAUGGCGCCAUAUCAUGGGCUGGCAAUUCUCUCGCUAUCAUCACUGGAGAGUUAUCAGUAAGAAUUUGGGAUAUCGACACAAGUGACAACUUUUUACUUCCGACUGAUCAUGCAAGCAUCAAAAAUUUACACACAAAACAAAACAGUAAAACAACUUCAAAUACUGAAAUAUUCUCUUCAAUCGGAUAUUGCCAACAGAAUCAAACACUUUGUGCUGGGACGAAUCAAGGAAGUGUUUACAUUUGGAAAAAAACGAGUUUUAAAUCAGAAACUGAAAAUGGCUGGCAAUUGACUGAUGUUUCAUCUGUUCGUGGUGCAAUCAAACAAUGCAUUUGGGGAAUUGUUGGUGACACUUUAAAUCCAUGCAUUGUCGUCAACUGCAUCUCGAAUGUCUACAUUCUUAAGGAACAACCACUCAUGUCCUACUAUACUCGUGAUAUUUGGGUAACACAACGAUCAGCUAAUCAAGUUCUAGUUGAAACUUCAUCUCAACAAACGUGUUUAGUUUCAAGUGACAUAUCAAUCACAAACUUGUGUCUUAACGAUCUUAAUCUUGUCUUAACGAAUGGAAAAAUUGUUAUGAUUUACAAGAUUCAGCAAACAUCACAUGAUUCAAUCAUAGCCGAUCAAAGUUUGAAAUCCACUAGUGACAUAAAGUUGAAUAAUAAUUUGACAAUUCGAUUUUCGUCAAACUUUUCAUGUGAUAAUCUUCAAGUUUACAUUUAUGAACAAAAUGUGAUUUGCAUUGGACAAAAUAAUGUCACAGUAUUGUCAUUGAAUGGAGUGAAGCUUCAAGAACUUUCAUUUACUGAUCACGAAGGGAAACCCAUUGGAUCUGAUCUCACAAAUAAAUAUUUAACAAUUUUCACUUUAAAUGGUUUUAUAAAAGUUUUUGAUGUCUCAAGGCAUGAAUUGAAGCUUGUUGUACCCACGAAGAACGCUUACGAUCUCUUUGAGAAUUUCGGGGAAGUUAUAAUUGCAAAAGCGAAUAGUGAUGGAUCAUGUGUGGCAUUAACGAUAGCAACUGAAAGUUUGAUGCCAGAUGGCAAGUUGUAUAUUUGGAAACUUGAAUCAGAUGCCGUAUUGUCGUAUGAUUUUCUUCGAAAAGAUGAUUUCAACUUCGCCGCGAGACUUCCAAUCAUAUUUAAUUGGGAUACUGAUGAUCAUCGUUUGUUGGCAUGUGAAGCUCGCUUAAUUCAACAGCAAAUAAAUAAAAUGAAAUAUUCGGAUGGUGUUGCUGUAAGUGAAUCGCAAGUUUAUUUACUUUUCCCAACUGAUAAGUCAAUUCUUGAACUUGAAAUGAUUGACUUGAGUUCAAACGAACAAUUAAUUAAUCUUUGUACACCGGACGUCAUCACAUUGAAAGUUGGAGUUGUUGGACGAAAAACACUUAGCGAUUUUAUUGGACUUCAGAGUUCUGAUGUUGCAACGAGGAAAACUGUUUUGGAUUUCAGUUUGAAUGUUGCACAAGGAAAUUUAGAUCAAGCUUUCAUUUGUAUUCGUUCACUUCAAUCAGAAGCUGUCUGGAGUAAUUUAGCGAAAAUGUGUGUGCAGACAGGAAGAUUGGAUGUUGCUAAAAUAUGCUUGGGACAUUUAAAACAAGCGAGAUCAGUUCGAGCUGUUCGAAAAGCAAUGGAAGAUGGAAGUCUUGAAACAGAAGCCAAGACAGCUGUUCUUGCAAUUGAACUUGGAAUGAUCGAAGAUGCUGAAAAUUUAUAUAAAAAGUGUGGGCGUUUCGAUUUACUUAACAAGCUUUUACAAAAUUGCGGACGUUUCGAAGAAGCUUUGAAGAUCGCUGAAAGCUUCGAUCGAGUUCAUUUGAAGAAUACUCGAAUGAAGUAUGCACAAUGGUUGAGUGAAAAUGGUGACAUUGCUGGUGCUUUGAAGAUGUAUCAACAGACCAGCGAUCCAGUUCAUAGCAUCACACAAAUGUUGAUGGACGAUCAAGUGGCUUUAAGGAAGUUUAUGCAAACAACUGUAGACCCUGAAAUGUUAAAAUGGUAUGCACAAUACAUCGAAAGUACUGGCGAUAUGGAAUCUGCUUACAAGAUUUAUCAAAAAGCUGAAGAUUGGUUCAGUCAAGUUCGCAUUUUAUGCUUUCUUGGUCAACUUUCUCGCGCUGAUUCAAUCGCUCGACAUUCUGGCAACAAAUCUGCUUGUUAUCAUCUCGCACGGCAUUAUGAAAAUAUCGGAAAGUUUUCCGAUGCAAUUGCAUUUUAUACUCGUGCGCAGACUUAUGGAAAUGCUGUGAGAAUUUGUAAAGAAAAUGAUUUGCAAGAUGAAUUGUGGAAUGUCGCAACAAAUGCACGUUCAAAGGAAGAUAAAAUCAGCGCAGCUGUUUAUUUCGAAGAAAAUGGAGAUUACAAACGAGCAGUUGAGUUGUAUCAUCGAGCUGGUUCUAUUCAUAAAGCAAUUGAAAUGGCUUUUGCAUCACAACAACCUGACAUUCUUCAAGUGAUUGCAUCGGAACUCGAUGACAAAUCAGACCCGGAAUUAAUCGCAAGAUGUGCUGAAUUCUUCCAAAGCAUAAAUCUCAAUCAGAAAGCAGUUUUACUUCUUGCAAAUGCAGGGAAAUAUGAUCAAGCAUUGGAGGUUUGUUCCAAACAUGCUGUGCCGAUCACUGAAACACUUGCUGAAUUAUUAACGCCAAGUAAAGAAAAUAUGACGGAAGAGAAACGAAAUGGAAUUUUAAUUCUUCUCGGAGAUCUUCUACAAGAACAAGGCGAUUAUCAUUCAGCGACUAAGAAGUUUACACAAGCUGGUGAUAAAAUUAAAGCUAUGAAAAGUUUACUGAAAUCUGGUGACACUGAAAAAAUUGUUUUCUUUGCUGGAAUGUCAAGGCAAAAGGAAAUUUACAUCAUGGCCGCAAAUUACUUGCAAUCAAUGGAUUGGCAAAACGAUCCGAAGAUUCUCAAGAACAUUGUGACGUUCUACACGAAAGGACAAGCUUAUGAUUUGUUGGCAAACUUUUAUGCUGUUUGCGCACAAGCAGAGAUUGAUGAGUAUCGUGAUUACGAUAAAGCACUGAAAGCGCUGCAAGAAGCAGCAAAAUAUUUAAUUAAAAUUUCUCCUAAUCAUAAUGCUUUGGAAAAGUUACAGCAAUCAAUUUUGAGUGUGAAAAGGUUCAUGGAACUUCAAGAUUUAGCUGAACGUCGAGACUUCCAUUCAGUCAUAAAUGGUUGCAAAAGCCUUCUCAAUAAAGAUCAGCCACCAACACGUCACUGUGAUCUUCUCGGUUUGUUAAUCGAAUCACAAAUUGCAUUGAAACAAUACUCAGAAGCAAUGUCGUCACUUCGUGAACUUUCUAGCAAACAACCUGAUUGGAGUUCAAGAGAAAUUAUUGAUCGAUCUCAAAUUGAGAAAUUAGCUUUUGAAUGUGGCGUUGACUUCAAUCAACUAUGGAACAGUGGAAGAAAUCCUUUAAGGAAACAAAAAUCAAUCGACCAAGAAGACGAUGCCGAUGAUGUUGAAGAAGAGAUUGAAGAGAAUUUAAUAUUUUAA